AUGCAUCUCUCUGCUCUUGUGCUCUUAUUCCUCACAAAUGCCGUUUCGGCUUGGCUUCCCCACGAACGUGAUCUUGAAGCCUUCAAUCAGACGGCUCGCUUCGAGAAGCUUGGUAAGCGAUUCAAGCCUUCUUUACCAAAUGGCGUCACGAAAAUACGCGGAGUUAACUUUGGCGGUUGGCUCAUCUGCGAGCCCUGGAUGAUGCCAAAUGAAUGGGGGAAUGUGAUGGGCUGCGGUGACUCGGCUUCGGAGUUUGAUUGCAUGCGAGACCACUAUGCGGGAGGCAACCGAGAAGCGGGCAAUCAGAAGUUCGAGAACCAUUGGCGUGAUUGGAUUAACCCUGAUACUGUCCAGUCCGUUCAUGAUGUUGGCUUGAACACGAUUAGAAUUCCCAUUGGGUAUUGGUCUUACACGGACAUUGUCGACACUGCCAGCGAGCCCUUUGCUGAUGGCAGCCGUAUGCUUCCAUAUCUCGACGCUGUGGUCCAGAAAGCCGCCGAUUUGGGCAUUUAUGUCAUUAUUGAUCUUCACGGUGCCCCAGGAGGUCAACAAGAGGAUGCUUUCACUGGCCAAAUUAACAAGCCUGCCGGAUUUUUCAACGAUUAUAACUUUGGCCGGGCUGAGAAAUGGCUCUCCUGGAUGACAAAUCGCAUUCAUACUAAUUCUGCUUAUUCCACUGUCGGUAUGAUUGAGGUUCUCAACGAGCCAGUAUCUAAGCAUGAUGCUGGUGGUCGUUACCCUGCUCCAGGAGAAGAUCCUGGUCUGGUGCAAACAUAUUACCCAGCUGCACUUAAAGCUGUCCGCGAUGCCGAGGAAUCUCUGAAUGUUCCAGAUGGUAAAAAGCUUCAUGUCCAAUUCAUGUCUAGCAAAUGGGACUCUGGCGAUGCACGCACUGUGGCCGUGGUGGCCAACGACCCAAUGACCGCGUUUGACGACCACAACUAUAUUGGCUUUGCUUUGGGCUCCAAUAAUGGCGAUCAGUAUCAGCUUAUGCAUAGCGCAUGUACGGACUCUCGUGUUGUCAGUGGCCAAGCCUUUGAAUUCACUGGAGAAUGGAGCAUGACGUCCAACGUGGAUUGGAGUGACGGGGCGUUCUUCAAGAAAUUUUUCACUGCUCAGCAGCAGCUUUACGAGAAGCCUGGUAUGGAUGGGUGGGUUUAUUGGACCUGGAAAACUGAACUCAAUGAUCCGAGAUGGACGUACUCCUAUGCUACUAGUCUCAAGUAUGUCCCGACUGACGCAGCUGGGCUUGAGAGUAACGUGUAUCAAGAUGUGUGCAAUGGGUUUACCUGA